AUGGCCGUACCCACUGUGCCGCCAACUCUGGCCUCUCUUCCCACCUCAGAAGAGUCAGAAGACCUGCUGCGCAUCCGCCACAGCUGUGCACACAUCAUGGCCAUGGCGGUGCAACGACUACACAAGGGGGCGCAGGUGACCAUCGGCCCGUGGACCGACCGCGGCUUCUUUUAUGACUUUGACAUGCCCCAACCCCUCACGGAGCGCGACCUACCCAAGAUUCGCAAGGAGAUGCAGCGCAUCCUCAAGAAAAACCUGCCGUUUGUGCGAGAGGAUGCGGCUGGCGAGCCCUACAAGUUGGAGAUCUUGGACUCCAUUUUGGAAAGGGACCCCCAGGCCCCCAUCACCAUCUACCACAUAGGCACCCCUGGCAGCGAGGAUCACUGGUGGGACCUGUGCGCUGGGCCCCAUGUGGCAGCCACCGGCGACAUCCUUCCAGAUGCCCUGGACCUGGAAUCUGUAGCAGGCGCCUACUGGCGGGGCGAUGAGACUAGGCCCAUGCUGCAGCGCAUCUAUGGCACUGCAUGGCAAACAAAAGAGCAGUUGAUAGCCUACCAUCGAUUCAAUGAGGAGGCUGCACUUCGGGAUCACCGCCGCCUGGGCCAGGAGCUGGACUUGUUCAGCAUCAAUGAAGCGUGUGGAGGGGGCCUGGUGUUCUGGCACCCCAAAGGAGCCAUGGUUCGCCAUUUAGUUGAGGACUUUUGGAAGAGCAUUCAUUUGCAGUAUGGCUAUCACCUGCUCUUCACUCCACACAUUGCCAAGGUAGAUUUGUGGAAAACCAGCGGCCAUUUUGACUUCUAUCGGGACUCCAUGUUCAACCAGAUGGAUCUCAAGCCCAUGAACUGCCCCUUUCACAUCACCAUCUACAAGCAAGGAUAUUACUCGUACCGAGACCUGCCGAUCAAAUGGGCAGAGCUUGGAACCGUGUAUCGUUAUGAGCGAAGCGGGACAAUGCACGGUCUGUUCAGAGACGACGCGCACAUCUUCUGCUUGCCCACCCAAAUUGAGGCGGAAAUCCUUGGUGUGCUGGACCUUACAGAAUUGCUGCUGUCCCAGUUUGGAUUCCAUGAUUUUGAGGCAAGCUGUAAACGAAAGCCUCCCCCAAGACCAUGCCUGCAGGUGAACCUGUCCACGCGUCCUGACAAGUUUGUUGGGUCACCUGAAAUCUGGGACCAAGCAGAACACGCGCUGAAAGCCGCACUGCAGCGCAAGGGAUGGGCGUUUGCAGAGGAUGUUGGGGGUGGAGCCUUCUACGGGCCCAAGAUCGACAUCAAAAUCUGUGAUGCCAUUGGCAGGAAGUGGCAGUGCUCUACCGUGCAGCUGGACUUCAACCUGCCAGAGCGCUUUGACAUGUUCUACAUCAGUGAUGCCAACAUCAAGGAGCGCCCCAUCAUGAUCCACCGCGCCAUUCUUGGCUCCCUGGAGAGGUUCAUGGGCAUCCUAAUAGAGAACUAUGCAGGUGCCUUCCCACUAUGGUUGGCUCCGGUACAGUGCCGGCUGGUGCCCGUCAACGACGCCGUCAUGGGGUAUGUAUCUGGCGUCGCGCAGGCGCUGCAAGCAGCUGGUCUUCGCGUGGAGGUCUCUUCGGGCCUGUCGGUGGGCAAGGCCAUCCGUGCUGCCGAGAAGGACAAGAUCCCGGUGAUGUGCGUGGUUGGGCAGCGCGAGGCGUCGGCAGGCACAGUGGCCGUCCGAACCUACUCUCACGGCGAUGUAGGGUGCAUGCUCGUUGAGGACCUUGUUGAGCGCAUGGCGAAAGCCAGCGCCAACAAGCAGCCCUUUUCAUGAGUGGCCAUUCGGCGGUGGAAUGCAACGUCGGGGAACGGGACACGAUGGUGUAACGCCCAGAGGUC